AUGGCCAGAACUAUCAAUCCAAUCAUCGUCAUUGUGGCGAUUGUCACUCUUCUUCUUGUGGUGUUCAGAUCUCCAGCCGGUAAAGAGACUGCGGUGAAUACUUACUCGUCUGUCACUGGCACUGUUCAAGAUGCUCUUCAGAACAACUACAUCUUGUCUUUCGAGCCCACCAAGAAGGCCAAGAGCACCAAGGAGGCCGAGGAGAUGAAGAAGCAGUUGGACAAGGCUGUGGCUGAGUACAAGUCGUACUUGGAGAACGACUUGGGUUCUCAGGUGAAGGAUACCUACGACUCUACUAUCCACGGCUUGAGCGUGCAAUUGGACCAGACCCAGAAACUCUUGAAAGCUUUGGGCAAAAAGGCCACUGGCAAGGCUGACAAGCACGAGACGCUUGCCAUUGACAAGCUCCAGGAGCUUUUCUACAAGUUCAAGGGUGACGACCUCAAGAAGUUGGGCAUCCAGAUCAAGUUGGAGAAGGACAAGCUCGUCCACGCCAACCACUGA